AUGGAGGUUGCCGUAUCAGCAGUUGCAGGUGAACUUGUGAGCCGGUUCAUCUCCUUCCUGAUGAACAAGUGCCACUCAAGCCAUGCGCAGCCAGAGGAAAAGAUGGUGGAAAGGUUGCACCACCUCCUAAUGAGAGCUUGCACCAUCGUCGAGGAGGCGGAUGCUCGAUACAUAACAAACUCCGGGAUGAUGAUGCAGCUCAAGAUGCUCUCGGAGGCCAUGUACCGAGGUCACAGCCUCCUCAAUGCCUCGAGGUACCGAGCCCUCCAAGACGGUGUUGGCUUCGACGAGGUUAGCAGCAACGACUCAUCUAGCAGCAGUUUGUAUUUAAUCAUUCCAGAAUUUUCAGUCAAGCGUUCUCGAACAGCAGCGGUGAAAGGCAAUAAGGCCAUGGGCCUCGACUCACAUGCUGCUUUGGAAAGCUUAGAAAUUGCUAUCACAAACAUGUCAGAGUUUGUUGUGCUUCUGGGAGGAUGUGAGCGCAUGUCCCGUAGGCCAUAUGAUGUUUAUCUUUACACCGACAACUUCAUGUUUAGCCGACAUGCUGAAAAGCAAAAGCUUUUGAGCUUCUUGUUGGAGCACAAUGAUCCUUCAGGUGAUCAUGCAUUAGCCAUUCUUCCGCUCAUAGGUGGCGCCGCGGUUGGGAAGAAAACUUUGGUUGCUCAUGUGUGUGGCGAUGAAAGGGUUCGUUCACGCUUCUCCUCUAUUUUGCACUUGAAUGGAGACAGCCUUUUGGGGACACUUGGUGAUGGGAGGGCCAUGAUUGGGAUAAUGUUGGUAGUUAUUGAGUUUGCUUCUGAUGUAGGUGAUGAUGACUGGAAAACAUUCCACUCAUUUCUCAUAAGAAUGGGCAGAGGAAGCAAGAUCAUCAUUGUAAGUAAGCUUAAAAGAAUAGCCCGGUUUGGAACAAUGAAACCAAUUUUACUAAGUGGGCUAUCUCAUGAUGAGUUGACGUACCUUUUCAAGGCACUCGCCUUCGGAAGUGUAGAGCCAGCAGAACAUCCGCGGCUAGUACAAAUAGCAGAUGAAUUUGCCACGGUGAUCCACAGUUCGCAAAUUUCACUUGUCGCAACAAACAUGUUCACGGAUGUGUUGAGAAGCAACCUUGAUGUUCAGUUCUGGCAUUGUAUAUUAGACAAGGCAGCAAGAAUGGUUAAAAGAAACCGCUCCAUUUAUGGUGUGAACCCAACCAUGCGCAUAAAACAAGGCCAUCAAGUGGACAUAACAGACAUUGCUUUGCAUCCACUAAGCAUGAAACCUUAUAGUGAUACUAUGUCAAUCAAGACAGAAUUGCCAAUUGUGACAUUUCGGGAACUUAUAACAGAUCCUAGUGUUAGGACGAAAGGAGACUUCACUCUAAUUGCAUGGGAAUCAAGGAUAGCCCCUCAUAAAUCAUUUCCUAAUUAUGUUACAAGUCAUGCUCAGGAUACAUAUCAAAGUAGUGCCCUGCUAGGGAGGAAGCGACAAGGAGUGCCAAUCUAA